AUGACGGCUGCCGCGGCAAAGGCGCACGAGCGUUCCAAGCAGCACAUUCUUAAGGCCGACAAGCAGGAACCCUGGGAGUGGGAGCCUGCGAAUAACUGCCAGUUUGACCUGUCUGCUUGGGAACCACAGAGCAGGACCUUCGCAGAUCUCCGUGUCAACCUGAUCAAUGACUACGUGCCGUUCUGGAGGGACGGCGUCGAAGCUGCGGAGGCAGGAGGGAAGCCCACAAGUAUGGAGAUUUUCUUGUCGCGGUUCGAUGACGAUCCCUGGGGCUGGAAUAAUGAUUCGGGGGACAAGGCGAGCGACGGAUGGAGUAAGCCGCUCAGUCGGGCGAAUGCUGCCGAUGAUUGGGGAUCGCCCGCGCAGGAGAAGAACGAGUGGGGCGGCAAGGGUGUGCAGGACAAGAGUGGAUGGGGAGCUGGUGCGGUUGCCGGUGGCGGAAACACAGAAGAAGACCCACAAAACCACAGCGGGUGGGCAGGUGGGGAAGCUGGUUGGGAUGUGCCAGCACUCGUGCCCGACGCGUCGAGGCCGAACGAAGAUCAGAACGAUCGGUCCAGUGGUCGCAAGAAGUCGGGUGGCGGCCGCGUCAGGAAACGCAAGUAUAAUUGGGCCGACGUCCCUGACCGUGAUGCUUGGACUUUCGUGGAAAAAUACGCUCGCGAAGAGGAUGCCAGCCCGGAGAGACGACAGCAAAUGCAUCAAUUUUUCGAGGCCUUUGACUCCUCUCAAAUUUCCGACAUGAGUUUCAGUUUACCGAAUUUACCGGACGGCUGGGUUCUACAGUAUGAUGAACGCACUCAGCAUACUUUCUGGGUAGACACAAGAGCAACCCCACCUCGUUCAAUUUGGGUGCACCCCUACGAGGAUGAGCAGUUCCUGGAGGAACAUCCUGAUAUCCGCGAAAGACUUGUGGCGGUUCGCGUCCAGGGCCCGCCAAAUGGCACGCCUCCACCAUAUUCACCAAGGCGCCAUUCAUUCUCUGAAGGAUCGAGGCCCGAGUCAAAUGCUUACUUGGGGGUUGCCAAUGUCGACGGAAGGGCGACUUCUCAACCCCCUACCCCAACUGCUGCAAUAGGUACGAAAGAAGAGAGAGAAGCUGCGAAGAGGCAGAGGGCAGCAGAAAGGGCGGCGAUGAUGCAGCAACUGGCGGAGGAGCGCCGUCAGCAGAGGUUAUCUUCACCAUAUGCGUAUGGGAAUACAGGCUAUUCCCAAUCAACCUACGGUGCACCAGCAGGUGAUCCGCUCCUCGCAAGAAGGAGCAGAACGGGAGGUCGCUUUGGAAACAAUGGCUUCGGUGGCGGUGGCUUUGGCGGCGGGGGCAUCGGUUUACCACUCCUGGGCGGCUUGGCAGGAGGACUACUGCUGGGUGAAGUGUUGGAUGAUUUUGGUGGUGGCUGGGGAGGCGGAUUCGGUGAUCCUGGGUUUGGUGGAGGCUGGGAUAACGGGUUUGGUGGCGGUUUCUUCUAG